GAGGCGCUGCGGGAAAGGAGGGACCAUUGCAGGCGGAAACUACAAUCCCAGGAAGCCUUAGAAAAGGCAGCCACUUCCUGGAGAAACCGAGAGCUGCAGAAAGCCAAGAAGGAGGCGAAGGAAGAGGAUCUUUGGGGUUUUGCAAAUUGGGGUGCCUUUUUUCGAGGGUUGGUUAGACUCAUACAAGCUGCUUGCUGUUCUUCUUGGUUUGGUAACACCUUUUGGGAGCUUUUUCCUCGGCUAAAAUGGGCUGCCGCGAUGUCCAUGCCGCAACAGUCCUGGCCUUCCUUUCUGGAACAGCCGCUUUAUCGGGACUCAUUGCUGCUGCUCUGCUUCCGAACUGGAGACAAAUGCGACUUUAUACCUUCAACAAAAAUGAAAAGAAUGUGACAGUGUACACCGGGCUCUGGAUUAAGUGCGUCCGAGCCGAUGGGAGCAAAGACUGUGUGAUCUAUGACACCGAGUGGUACACCGCAAUCGAUCAGCUGGAUUUGCGUGUCCUCCAGCUUGCUCUCCCCAUAAGCAUGCUCACUACUGUCCUGGCUCUGUUUCUCUGUCUGAUUGGCAUGUGCAACACAGCCUUUGUUACCACAGUGCCCAACAUCAAACAAGCCAGAUGCCUUAUAAACAGCGCAGGCUGCCAUCUUGUGGCUGGCCUCUUCUUUCUCCUGGCAUGUGUCAUUUGCUUGACGCCAUCUAUUUGGGUCAUCUUUCACAAUCAAGUAAUGAACAAGAAAUAUGAACCUGUUUUCAGCUUUGAUAUCUCAGUGUAUAUUGCUAUUGCCAGUGCAGGAGGAUUGUUGUUCACCGCCAUUCUCUUGUUCCUCUGGUAUUGUGCCUGUAAAGCCCUACCUUCCCCAUUCUGGCAGCCUCUAUAUUCACAUGCGCCUAGUGUGCACAGCUAUGCUUCCCAGCCCUAUUCUGCACGAUCACGCCACUCCGCCAUUGAAAUUGACAUCCCUGUUGUUACACAUGCUACUUAAAGAUGGAGUUUGGGAAAGCCAAAUGCCACUUUGCGCUCUCAAUGUAUCAAGGUGGGCAAUUUUCCAAUGCCUUGCCUUGGAGACUUUCCGAUCAGUAUGCCAUUGGAACUUGACAGUUUUUAACCACUUCUCCAUGGGUGUUAGAAACAUAUUUUGAGUAUAUAUAUUAGACAUAUUAGUUUUGGUCUUGAUACUACCUGUCAUUUUUUAAGUCCUAUCAACACUAUUGGUGCUUAUAAGACAAUAGGUGACUUAAAGACUGGGACUUUUUUGUCUCAGUCUAGUUUCUUCCAUGAAUUAUAUUACCAAGAUACACAUCCAGUGAUAAUCUGACAUGGAAGAUUGUUUUUUAAAUUUAUCUUGUAGGUCCAAUGUUUUAACCUAAGGGAAUACAUUUUUGAGCCUUGCCAUUCUAAAUUUUACCACUGUGUGAAGCAGUCGCUAAUGUGCCAGUUUGGUCCUGUGUCAACUCUUGUUUUCCCUUGAGAUUGUGAAAAACACAAAAAUGAGGUUACAAGAAACAUAAUAAUAAUUAGCUUUAAAUCUAUAUAUAAAUAGUAGUAUAGUAGUAUUGUCUGAGAAGGCCUUUGUUCUAUAGAAAACAAUUAUUUGAAGUUAUAUUUUCCUUUCUCUGAACAAUGGAAGUGCCCCUAAAUCCAUUUACAAUUAAAGUAUAUAUGCAUAUCACGAAUAAACCAAAUAGCUUUAGAAUUACGUAAAGUGCCCCUGUAAUAAAAUCUAUUUUAGUAGAGAUGUCAUUUCUAGAUUUCUAGUUCUAUUAAAUUCCACAGGAACUUAACUUUGCUUUUGGACAACCAGGAUUUCUUUUGCUUUAUCUGUAAAAUACAUCAUUCUUUUAGAUAUUCAUUAAAGAAAUUCCAUCUAAUUCCUAGUCAUAAUCCUAAUCUGUUAUUAAAUGCCUUUGAAAUUUUAGACAGUUGUAUUGAUUCGUUAUUAUUUUUUCUUGUUACAAAGGGUUUCCUUUAAUACAAAUGGGCUCUCCAAUAACAUUUUCAGAAUGAAUUAAAACUGUAGAAACUUUGGAGAGUUCUUAUAUAAAUAUUGAAGAUGAGAUCAUUAUCAAAGGCAUUUUAAAGACUUCUGAUACUUUAGUUUGCAUACAGAUUCAUUUCUUACAUCUCAUCCCUUUUUCUUUUGCAUUAACACAUGCGUUCUUUUCUUGAUAUAAAUUUCCCAUUUGUGGUACUUGUGUGCCUUCAAGUCGCCUGUCGACUUAUACCUUCUGAAUAAUGAAAAACGAUUAAAUUGUAUGAGCUUCAAGGCUUCUUUGAGUAAUGAGCAAAAUGGAGCAUACGGGUUUCAUCUCUGUUUCAAGAAAAUUAGUUUUACAAUUAAUUAAACUUCUUCACUGACACUUAUUAGCUGAAGUAAGAUGUGACCUUCUGGAUUUGUUGAAAUCAUAUAUUCCCGAAUCAUUAAAUGUAAAAUUAUAUCAAAACAAAACCACUCAAAAAAGCUCUUGAUUUAUAGACAUUUCCCCCCCUAUUUUUCUACUUGGGUGCUCAGACUCCUCUUUUUACCCAUUCUCAGAUAGCAAGAAUAGGGACCAAAGUUGACAAUCUCAUUUUAAAUAUGUUUUCUCAGUUUCUUUGAAGAGUUCCAUACUGAUGCUUGCUUCAUAUUUUAAAUUCCACAUUGCUUAUCUGAGCUACUGAGUAUAUUGUUUCAAUGUAUGAUUUUGUGGAAACAUUGGGCAAUCCUCACUUAAUAGUAAACCAGUUGUGAUUUCUUGACUUCUGGCAUAUUAUUGUAGUCCAGUCAGUUCCAACCAACAAACUAUUUUUGGUGGUCAGACACAAAUCACAACUACAAACUAUGGUUGAGUUUAUUGACUUCCAAACUCUGCCUUAUUUAAAUUGUGGCUUGUUGUUACUUUUGAAUCUACAAUCAUGGUUUGUUUCUUCAGCUACUCAUCCUUAAGUAAGGAUUGACAGAGGAAGCAGGAAAGAAACAGCUUAAAAAUGGGGAAAACAAAGUAAUUUGGUCAUCUGUGGAA